AUUUGCAGUCAGAGUGCGAGAACAUUUAUUUCAGAGUGAAAAUUUGUCAUAAAUCGUUUUAGCAGACGAAUCUUCAUUCAUUCAACAUUUUUCUGUGUACCACGGCAAACCCUCAAUACCCGAUUGAAAGGAAAAAAUAAAUAUAAAAAAACACAUUGAAUAAGAGGCAGCAAGGGAACGACACUCGCACAUAAGCAUUUCAAACACCUCUGUUCAGAAAGAAAACCCUCGUAUUCCCUGAAUAAAUACCGCCUCAUAUUAAGUUACAGCGGAAGAACAAAAAAUCGCAAUGGAAUUUAAAAAAACGGCUUUAAAUACCGCAAAUCAAAAUAAAAAAAUUAUUUAUGAUCAUCUUUAUAGUUUGAAGUUACUCGACAACGAGGAGAAGACGGCCCAGAACUUUGCCGACUGGAUACUAAACGAUAUGGACAUUUGCAGUCGGGGCGCAAUGAUUGAAGCUCUUUUUGUGCGGUUGAGAAUACAUGCCAACGAGCAGGAACCCCAUACUGCUGUGGGAAUUUUACGUGUACUUUCUCAUGUUACCACACAUUGCACCGAUAUUAAAGUGCAGCAUAUGGCGUUGUGGUCAAAUGCACUAGACGAGCUGAGGAAGAUACUGCAGAUACUAGAGAUACUGGAUACAGUUGUGAGCGGAAUCCUGGAUUUGGCCAGCAAUUUUAUUGCCUGCUCCUGGAUGAUACGCGACGCCUUCCAAGAAACUGGGCUGCUCGACGAAAUCCUAAAGAAUUUGUACCACCCAUCGGGAAUGGAUGCGGAGACGUGGAUCGCCAAGAGUGUGGUGCUGCUGUAUCAAUUUCUGAAGCACAAGACACCGGGACCACCAAUCUUGGCUUUGGUAAACAUAGCCAAGGCUUUGGCCUAUCUUUUAAUGGUCAAUCAGGAUGCGAUUAUCGUGCUGCCAUUGCUUAAAAUCACACGACUCGUCGCCGAGCACCAAUCGGAUAUUGAACGGGUGAUGAUCAAGACGGGCUUGUUGGCCAAAGCCGCUCCGUUUGUUCUAAGUCCCCUCUGCGAGGUGAAGCGUGAGGCCAUCUUUAUUUUGGCCAACACCUGCCAGCAGUAUGGCCCAAUAAAGCGACACCUGCUGUGUCGAUUCCCCAGCAACAUUCUUAAAUAUAUGCAUCACUUGUUCGGACAUCGAAGCAAGAAUAUUCGGACCAUGGCGUUGCAUCUGCUCACCGGCAUUAUCGAUAAUCGUGCCAUUGAUCCGAGCCUAAUGGAUGGCCUCAUCCCGAUGGUGAUUCGGUGUGCCAGCAAGCGGGAGCAUCAUCUGGAGGUACGUCUGGCCGCUGGCUGGACAUUGGCCAGUCUGGCCCUCCACCUGAACAUCAAAGGCAUGACCUACUUCAUGCACUCUGGCGGCGUCCAUCAAAUGUGCCACCUGCUGCAAACUGUGGACGAACUGCCCAUACAAUUAAUCAGAAACAUUUUAACUUCCUUUCUAAAAAUAUGGGAAUCAUUUAGAGACCUUUCCCGUAAUUUAGUGGCAAUCUUAAGAGAAUGUGGCAUUAUGGAUGAUGGACUGCAACGAUACAUAGAUAGCGAAAAUUAUGCCGUCAGGACUCUGGCAAUCCUCCUGGCGGGGCAUCGUGGCUAUGACAUUUGUUGGGUCGAAGUCUUGGCUAAUGUAGAUAAUUGAUUUAUGGGAGAAUUGCACACAGAUUGAGAAUUUUUUAUUUAAAUUAAAAUUUUACUUUUUUCCAAUGUCAACCCAAGAGGAAAUGUUAAUAAAUAAUCAAAUAAAAAAUAAAUAA